GCACUCCGGCUGCGCGGUUUGAACGGUGGACACAGGUGCCUCCUGACACGCUCUCACAUCCAAGAGACUGGAAAGCUUCUGCACGCGUUCCCAGUUGGAUGGUGAUUUCCUAAACAUGCGGCGGAUUCUGUGCCAUUCUAACGUCGUUCCAGCGUGAUAAACUUUACAAGCUAAUGAGUCCGAUUUGAACAAUUAAAAGUGCCAAAAGAGGCAGAACAAUGAAUUCAGUGGAAAUGUCCACGACGUAUCAAAGCUCCCCGGCGCCUAACCAAAGCUACCUUCCAACGGCCACCUACGACACGCCAGACCCCUCCGAGAUGGAGAGGCAAAUCCGCCUGCUGCUUUUCGGUUUGUGCGUAACCAUCGCCUUUGUAACGUUAGUUGGAGGUGUGUAUUCGCUGCUAUCUGUCCUCCGGAUGAGGAAAAAAACCUCCUUGUGUGUCAUUGUGGCUUCCAUGUCUGUGGACGACCUGCUCAGUUUGGUCCCCCUCGCUUUGUUCAUGCUCCUUCAGUGGGAGGCAAAUGGAGGUGAAGGGUCGGGCAGCCUGUGCACUUUAGCUGGACUUCUGUACGUGUUCCAGGGUGUUUCCAGCAAUAUGAAGGCUUGCCUUAUAGCAGCCUACACUUUUUAUGUCACCAAGAGAUUUGGAGUGCUUCAGUCUGUGCGCCGGCCACUAAAAGUAAUGUGGGCUAUCGCCGGUGUGUGGGCGGUCAGCCUGGCCGUUAGUGUCUUACCUUUAUGCGGAUGGGGAAGCUUUACGCCGGCCUCUCUUGGGUGUUUCCCAGAGAGUGACAGUUUUUACAUCUUGCUGCUCUUCUCUUUGUAUUUUCUGUGUUUUUGCGGGUUGUUAUUUUUCUUCAUCCCCCUCACCUACCAGUUGCUGUGCUCCAGGGAGCCCCAAAGGAAUUUACUGUACCCGAGCUAUCUGGAGAUGGCAGGACUGAGUGGCACCACUCCUCUCUGUGAUUUACAGUCUUUUUCCCGGGACAGCCUGAAUAAAAGUUUCGGGGCGUACAACGAACUGAGUCCAAGUUCGUGCGGGACAGAACUCAGGGAGAAAGAGGACAGCAGUCUGUCCCCAGUGUCUGCCAGCGUUCGAAGGACAGCUGCUGUCGGGGAUACGCCAGUGGUGUUUGCACAAAAGCGCUUUUCCAUGAUCCUGGCCGUUGUCAGAGUUAUUUUAUGGAUGCCAAUGAUGACUUUGGUACUGGUACGGCAUGCAAUGAAUGCACGCAGCUCUUCCCUGGAGACGCUGAGCUUCUUUCUCACUCUGCUUGCGCCUGCAGUCACUCCGUUAUUCAUGCUUUCUGAGCGCUGGAUCCACAUGCCAUGUGGCUGCUUCAUUAACUGCAAACAGGAACCAACACCAGAAUCCUCAGUGAUGAAAAGAAGAUUUAAGUUCAACCUUUCCUUCCAACAAGGCUAUGGAGUGUACAAGUUGUCACAUGCAACCAUGUCACAUAACAGUCCUCCCAUUGAGAAGCCUGCUUAUCACAGCCUUUUUAACUGUGACUUUCCUAAUACCGGUCAUGAUGCACUUCAAAGUGGUGGGCUCUCUAGGCUGGAGCCCAAUUUUGAUUUCAGCACCACAUGCCCAGUGGACAGCUCCUCUCAUGCAGACCUUCUAUUGGAAGCAGUGGCUGGUGGAGGGGAGGCACUGGCUGAUUGUCCUCUACUUCCCCAUGAGAACCACGGGGAUGAUGAGAAAUUCCACUGUGUCCCUUCGCUGGCUUCCCAUCAUCGGGAACAGGAUCACAGUCUCACUGACACAUCAUCAGUGUUUGAGGGGCCUGAAAGGAGGCUUUCGCAUGAAGAGUGUCGGAAAAUCGAGCUGACAGACUGGGAGUGGUGCAGGAGUAAAUCCGAGAGAACACCGAGACAGCGGUCAUCAGGUGGGCUAUCAAUCCCCCUGUGCGCCUUUCAGGGAACUGUAUCUUUACAAGCCCCUACAGGGAAGACGCUGUCUCUCUCCACCUACGAAGUCAGCAGUGACGGUCGAAAAAUUUCCCCAAACAAUGCCAAAAAGGUGGAAGUAUAUCGCUCCAAGUCAGUUGGCCAUGAGCCCAGUGCAGAUGAAACAGCAUCAGGAGUCCAGGCUGGAGAUGUGAAUGCCAGCUGCGUAGGAAUGGGGAUGGAGAUCGGAAUGGAGAUGGGGAUUGGAGCUGGCGUGGGGGACACCAACGUAAAGAUCCACCUUGAAGUUCUGGAGAUUUGUGACAAUGAAGAGGCCAUGGACAGCGUCUCUAUCAUAUCUAACAUCAGUCAGUCUUCCACCCAUGCCCGCUCGCCAUCACUUCGUUACUCACGAAGGGAGAACCGCUUUGUCUCCUGUGACCUGGGCGAGACUGCUUCUUAUUCCCUGCUCAUCCCCAGCAGCGGCACUACAGAAGCAGAGACCAUAAAUAUCACUAUACCUGACACUGUGGAAGCUCAUCGGCAGAACAGCCGACGGCAGACACAGGAGAGCUCGGGGUAUCACGAGGAGAUACAGCUGCUCAAUGAGGCCUACAGAAAGCAAGCUGGGGAGAGGGAAGAGUGACAUACAUACAUACAGAAUAAUAAUAAGGUGGCUCUCGGGAGGAGGUUGGAAAAAGCACCUCAGACAGUAAAGGCUGUGAGACAAAUUUCCUAAUCAUUCCACAUUUACUUCUUUCUGAUCACCACUCUAACAGAGAUGACAAGUGACCCAAAUAGAGGCUUAGCUGAAGACUGUAAUAGUCUGUUCCUCUUAAGCUGAGGAGAGCACAUUUACUGCCUAUAUGUAGAGUAUACAGUGAUAGAUUAGACUGUAAAAUGAUAUAUAGUAGUAAAUCGAGUGAAACACAGACCUAAAUGAAGUAAACCAAAUGGAGGGUAGAUGAGAACCAGUAUUAUAGCAGUGCAUCUGUAUUCCUGCUUUCACCACAUGGCAGUUUGUUAUCACAGAAGAGGAUAGUACGAGAAAAAAAUCAGAUGUUUUUUAAAAAAAAAAAA